UUGCUAUAGCAACAGUUAUGACCUCAGGUAAUUAAGUUCAACCUCUUUCUUUCUUUCUAAUGAGAAGCUUGUUGGAAAUUAAAAGCUAUUGUGAACUAUUAAUUUCUCAAUGCUAAAAAAUAAGCCGCAAUUUAAGUAGCCCCGGAAACAAAGCAACAACUGCUUUUGGCGAGUUCUUUGAUCUUAUUGCAGUCUUCAUAUUUGGAUUCUUAAUGCUUCCGUGUUGUGGAGGAAAACGUUGUGGGUUCUCUGCAGCAGUCUAGCUGUUUGACUGCUCAUACUGCAUGUCACAAGGGCUUUAAACAAUUUAUGUUGUUCUCCACUCAAAUGGCCGAUGUGAUUAGUCCCCUUCCUUUUUUCAAGGUGACUCUUUUUGCUUGAGCAGCUCUAAAACUCGUGCUGUUAUCUUUGGCUGGCAUCUGCUUGCUUCUUUUCCCUCUUUGUUCAGAGGGGUUGCACCAGUUUUCUUGCAAGCUGGGAUUCUGUGUGUUGGUGUCUGCACGAACCCAUCCAUCCAAGCUCAGGAUGGGCGUUCUGCAGCUGCUCCCAAAGGCUUGGCCACGGUGCACGGUCCUGCAAACCAGCUGCUGCACUGGAGCUUCUUCUGAUAACAGUGCAUAUCACGGCACUGCCGUGCUUGUGGUAGUGUUUCUUGGUAGAGAAAUGCCAGCUGCAAGGAGGGCAUUACAGCCUUCCCAGCUUAGAGGAAGAGACCGCAGCCUUUUAGGUGAACUUUUAGGCUUUGUGUAGUAUCUUCUGUAGCAUAAGAGCCAAAACUGCUUUGGAAGAAAUUCCCCUGAAACCAGAGGCAAUGCUGCAAAUGGAUGUGACGCUCAACUUUGUUUACAUAAAAACAGUCUGCCUUGAUUCUAGCUUCUGCAUUACAGCUACUGGUUUCUGUAUUACAUGGUAGGUUAAAAUCUGUUUGCUCAAGUGCAUUGCUAAAAGCAGGUGUCUGAUCGACUUCCUCCUCACCCACAGCUUUUAGACUUCUAAUGUUUAGCUACAAAUGUUGUUAGUUUAUAUUUUUUUUUUGUGUACAACAACUUAUUUUAUGCAAGAAUGUCCAUAUGCCAGUUUUGAUUUAUCUGAGCAGUGAUGUCCAUACAGGCUUAUGUUGUGCAAAUCUGUGCCUCACUCAGGUGAGGAAAGGAAGUGAGUAGCAAAACUUGUCCGAGUUUACAGUGGUGGUCCGGAUCUAAUCAGUUUGAAUUUUUCUGUUGACUUCGGAGAGCUUUAAACCGCAGCCUGGUAGCUGUAUUGCCUGAUGCAAAGGCAGACCAGAUUCUGCAAGGAGCCUUCUCUUAGGUCAGGGCAAGGUGAUGCUGAGCUAUGGUUUAGGAUGCCAGGUGACAUGGAAAUGCUUUGUAAUUUCAGAGUUAACUCUCACUUGUUAUUUAUGGCGCAUAUUUGUUCCUUGAUUUAAGCUGCUCAGAUAUACAGUGUACGUUGGUGUGUCCUCCCCUUAUUAUGAGUGAGAGCAAUUAGUGUUCUGUCAGUCAGUAUGCAAUAAAAAUAAGUAAUUUCUAAACUGACUAGAGAAAAACAUUCUACAAAUUCCGUAUAUAAAACAACGGGAGUUCCUAGGACGUGGAGGCUGCCCUUUCAGUUCCAUCAGUGUUACAAGCAUCCUAAUCCAAACACCAUCAUGUUUUCUAGCAGUUAGUUAUUUACUGAAUAUAUGUGAAACCAGCUAGUCCCCUUUUUGCUCUAAGAUUGUAAUUUCCAGCAGCAUAUGAGUCAGAGGUCUCCAGAACUGCAAAGUGAAAUAGUUCUAUUUGUUGUGAUGGCAUCAGCUGAGCAUACAAAACACCUCCUUAAAAAAAUGUGAGAAACAGUAUUGCUGUAAAAGAGCAAUUCAUAAUGCAACAAUGUACUUGUCGCUUAUCAAUACAGCGACUUUGGUUUAUUAAACGUUUAUUUGUAGCCCCAGUAACAUUACAGCUGAGGUUUCUAAUUGGUAUUUAGAAAGCCUAAUAAAUUUUGAUUUCAUCCUGAGUGCUCUUAAUUCAAGGUGUUUACAUUAGGGCUGAGAUAAAGCAAUGCUUUAACUCCCCGGGUGUGUGGUUUGUGGCGGUUAUAGGCUGUGCUCGUCCUAUCGUUGGUGUCUUUGGGCAGGUGAAAUGGCUGAGCCCAGCUUGGUGUGGGUGUAUAUGGUCGUGGCUCCAGAAUUAAGUGAUGCACCAAGGCUUGGGUAUACCCUGCAGCAAAUACACGGCAUGACAACGGUGUAAAAUGAGUCCUGUCAGGACCAGACGUGAAAUGAUGAAAUCAAGAAGCUUUUGGUUAUCUCUUGUAUUCCUUGGGGUUUUCUCAUCGAUCACGAGGGGAUGGAUGGACAUGGACAGGAGCAGAAGGCUGUAUCCGGAUGCAGGAAGGUUGCAUCAAGAGGAUGCCAGAAGGUUUGAAGUUACAAGAAGAAAAGUGCUUUACGGGGAGGAUGGGCUGCAUGCAUCGUGUGAGAAGAAGUACUGCGGCCGAGGGAGCAAGUGUGUCGUGAACAAGGACACCAACCAGCCUGAAUGCAGAUGCAUAGAAGAUUGCAAGUCCAGCUACAUGCCCGUGUGUGGAUCUGAUGGCAAGUUUUAUGAAAAUCACUGUCAGCUGCAUCGAGCCUCCUGUCUGCAGAGGAAGAAAAUCUACAUUAUCCACAGCAAGGACUGUUUCUUCAAAGGUGACACGUGUACAAUGGCAGACUACAGGCGGCUCAAAAGCAUCCUCCUGGACCUGCAGGCUCGUCAGCGGAGCCCGCCGAGCAGCAUAGCCCAGGACAGAGUAUCCCAGAAGCGCUUCUUAGUAGAAGAGAUGUUUAAGCACUUGGAUAUAAACAGUGAUGGGCAUCUCAGCAGCUCUGAACUGGCUCAGCUAAUGAAGGAGCAGGACCUGGGAGAUGAUUUAUUGGAUUGUACACUAGAAGACCUUCUCCGGUUUGAUGACUACAACAGUGACGGCCGCUUAACCCUGCAGGAGCUCUAUACAGCUUUCCAGGUGGUUCGGCUGAGCCUGCCGGAGGACCAGAAGAUCAGCGUUACCACCAUCACAGUUGGCCUGAGCACCGUUCUGACGUGUGGGAUCCGCGGGGCAUUGCGCCCUCCCAUCAUCUGGAAGCGCAACGGCAUCAUCCUCAACUUCCUCGACUUGGAGGAUAUCAAUGAUUUUGGAGAAGACGAUUCCCUCUACAUCACCAAGGUAACAACUAUUCACAUGGGCAAUUACACCUGUCAUGCCUACGGCUAUGAAGAUCUGUAUCAGACUCACAUCCUUCAGGUGAAUGUGCCACCAGUGAUCCGCGUCUACCCCGAAACGCAGGCGCAGGAGCCUGGUGUGUCGGCAAGCCUGAAAUGUCACGCUGAAGGCAUCCCUAAUCCUCGAAUUACCUGGCUAAAGAACGGCAUUGAUAUCAUGCCAAAACUAUCCAAACAACUAACGCUCCUAGCAAAUGGAAGUGAACUUCAUAUCAGUAGCGUUCGGUAUGAAGACACGGGUGCCUAUACCUGCAUUGCUAAAAAUGAGGUGGGAGUGGAUGAGGACAUAUCUUCGCUUUUCAUAGAAGACUCAGCAAGAAAGACCCUUGCAAACAUACUGUGGCGAGAGGAAGGGCUGAGUGUUGGGAACAUGUUCUAUGUCUUUUCUGAUGAUGGGAUCACAGUCCUUCAGCCAAAUGAAUGUGAAAUCCGGAGACACAUCAGGCCCGAAGAGAGGAUUUUCACAAGUUAUGAAGAAAUCUGCCCUAGAGUGGAAGGUGAAGGCGCUCAGUCCUGCCUCUGGGCUUCAGCGGUCAAUGUCAGAGACAAGUACAUUUAUGUGACACAGCCUAAGCAGAAUAGAGUAAUGAUAAUUGAUAUCCAGACUCAGAAAGCCCUGCAGACCUUGGAUGUUGAUCCGUUACCAACCAAAUUACACUAUGACAAGUCCCACGACCAAGUCUGGGUGCUUAGCUGGCGUGACAUGCGGAAAUCCUCACCAACCCUGCAGGUAAUACCAGAGGCGAGCGCAGGGGAGGAUCUCCAUGUUAUCCGCACGCCAUUUGAAGGAGUGGAUGAUUUUUUUAUACCACCGACAAAUCUUAUUAUUAAUCACGUCAGGUUUGGCUUCAUCUUUAACAAAUCAAAAUUCGCUGUUCAUAAAAUUGACCUGGAAACUGUGACCCACAUCAAGGCUAUCAGCUUCAAAAACUAUAGCUGCGUACCGCAGACCAUGGCUUAUACCCACCUGGGCGGUUACUUCUUUGUCCAGUGUAGGAGGAAUAGGUCGGUGGCUGCAUCGCCACAGCUCAUUAUUGACAGUGUUACCGAUGCCGUCAUCGGCCCCAACAGCGGCGUGACGGGCACACCUUAUAUCUCACCGGAUGGACGCUAUUUGGUCAGUGCGGAUGAAGACAGUGGCAGGAUCAAAGUCCAGACUCUAUCUGUCCGAGGGGAAAUCAAGUUGAUUUAUGACUUACAAACAAACAUACGUGUAUCUGAUCUGACAUUUCAACCUUCUUUCACUGAAGGCAAUCAGUACUAUAUAUAUGCUACUUCACAUUUGCAAACAGAUGUGCUUUUUGUAGAGCUGUCAACGGGGAAAAUGAAUGUACUGAAGAAUUUAAAGGACCCUAUCACAUCCAAAGACUGGCCCUGGAGCAACUACAAUAGAAUUAUGAAAGACAGUGGAUUAUUUGGACAGUAUCUCCUUACACCAGCUAAAGAGUCACUGUUUGUUAUAAAUGGGAGGCAAAAUACGUUACGCUGUGAGGUUUCAGGUAUAAAAAGGGGUAACACAGUGGUCUGGGUUGGAGAAGUAUGAAAGGCCAAUAGCAGCAGAGCCUUUGGCAGGCAAGUACCUGUUGGACCUUUACACUGCGACAAGUGAGCAGUAGCAUUGUAUAUUUUUACACUGGGAAAAAAAAAAAGAUAAAACAACCCCCCCCUGUAUAGGCUUCAUGGUACAACCCUGGUCUACUUGCAAGUUUUAUAAUACAAGGUAUGCUCUGCUAAUAGGAAGUGGGUUUGAAGGGAUAUUUUUUAUUUGGGGAUGUGAUUUGUGGUUAUGAGAAAAAUGCUGGGACGUUAAUAAUAUCUCCACUGAGAUACCGUAUCAGCCACGAAAUUUAGUGAUUCUGUAGAACAAAACAGAUUUUGAGUUUCUGUAUUGAGGAGCUUUUAGUUACGUUCAGGCCAUCAGUUUUCUGUCCACCUUGGCCAUUAGCUGUGCUGACUUCCCCACCCCGACACAGAGAGGCUGCAGAAGCAAUGGCUGCGGUUAGAAUUCACCUCUGGAUGAUGCAGGAAACUAAGCAUCAGAGAGCAGUUUUCAACCCUCAGAAACCUAGGAGGGAGAUUUAAUGAAAACUGAUCAGUUUUCUCUGCAGGAUGGCUUUGGGAGGGUUCACGUAUGCGACUUCAGAAGGAGGCACAACAGAAAUAGAAACUGUCAGCUUGCUUUCUCCGGCACUUAAUUUUGCUCGGGGUAACUACUGGAGGCAAUGUUAUGAGUCCCCUCUUCUAAUGCAUAUUUGUGAUGGUAUUUGAGGAAUUUGGCAUGAAAUAUCCAGGCCGUUAGAGUGAGUAAACGCCAGGGAACUCAGGGGGGUGAGGGGAGUGGGGAGGGAGGCAGAGUUUGUAAGAAAUUUGAUGAGAAGGGGGCAUUAGACUUGCAGCAGCGUGUCACAAUAUGCAACAUCUGCUCUUCAGGGGCAGAGAUUCAUUAUGAUUAUUCCCAUAGGAGGCAGCAACACUUCUAGAAAUUGUUGGUUUCUCUCAUUAAGUUUAUUUAGUUAGCACUGAAGUCACUUGGUUCUUUGUAAAAUAAUAACUACAAUGGCAGAGGGUAUUUUUAAUAGAAAACUCACUCAUUUUCUAGUAAUAGCCUUAAUUUGCUUGUUUAUUUUCAGACAUUAAUUUUUUCUCUUCCCAUUUAUAGUAUUUAGAUUCAAUUAUCUUUUAGUUACGAGCAAAGAGAUUGAUGUAAAACCAGCUGGAUUUACCCUACAACGCAGCAGCUGGCACUGAGAAAUUUCAGUUGAAGUCCCAUAAAAAUACAGAUCCAUUCGCACAUUUGGAAGAUAUAAAAACUUUUCCAGUUGUGUUUUUCUAACUUUCUGCAUUCACCACCAUGACGUGAUGAGGGCAAGAGCAGCUCACAAAGCGGUGCAAACCAGGUGAGCCUCACCGCCACCAUGAACGGGCACAGCAAGUGGUUGUGUCUCACGUAGUGCUUUGAAAUCGCAGUCUUGAGGCAGGUGACACUCUCUGAAGGCAAACCUCUAUUGCAUCAGAGCCUGCACUGGUCGGCCUCUUGAAAGACCCAGCUCGUUUGGUGAAUGAUCUUAUUGCCCAGAGUUUGUACAAAAGCAGCUGCUCGGUGUGACCAGAGAUACGUAGUGGCUCCUUAAUUAUUUUCCAACUGAAGUCACCCAUUUCACAGUGCACACAGAGGGAUGUUAGAUGACAAGAAUGCAGACCACCAACACUGGUAAUUUGGGGGUUAAAUGUUAAAAGAGUAGCAUUUUAGCACGGCUGUAGACCUGAAGUCAUUUAAACCAUUUCGGUUCUAUAGAGAAUAUAUAAAAAAUCUGUUCAGGCAGAAGAAGAAGGGGAGCUGAAUCCUAUGAAUUCAUUAAACACGGAGUCCUUGAAAUUGCCCUUCAGCACCCAUAGGCUGAAACCUACAUCUCUUUUCACUUAUGAGCCAUAGGGGUUAGAAGAGACUAUCCCGCCAUUGCAACAGAGACAUAGAAAACAGAUUAGCAUAGCCUUCCUUUAGCAAUGCAUGACAUCCAUGAUUUUCUACUCAUCCAGUUAGGAAACAUCCCCAUUUCAAGGAAAGGAGAAGACCAGCUUUGUAAGUACCUUUAAAUAUGCACAACUCCUUUCUUGAACGAAGCUGUAUCCAUACAUUGCAGUCAUCCUCAAUGUGGUUUACCAAGGCCAAACACUGCUCUCGUGUUAUCUUUUAUGACUUCUUGGAUAUUUUAUUAUGCCUAUGGUAAGUUUCCCUGUAGAGACGUUCAUUGUGUCAUAGAUCGAGCAAAUAUUACUUUUUUAAGAACAUUUAAAAAAAAACAACUGUAUAUAUCUGUUCAGGUAAAUAUUCUUGAGGCUGGUUUAUAUAUAGGCUGUGAACGAUGUGUAACAGACCUCACUUCUUCCUGUUUGUUGCAAAAUAUUGGAAUAGCGUUCACUUGAAAAAUCCCACUUGGACAUUCCAAAGAUGUUCCCUUUCUUCCCUCUUCAGCCCAAGUUCUGGUGAUGUGUUUUCUAAACUAUCCUAAUGGUGAUAUAUCAUACUUAGAAGAUGAAGUACAAUUUAGUUUGUCCACACUACUUGUGAACAGUUCCAAUGACAGUCAAACCUGACAUUAAAGUGCUGCACAUUUGUUACUUGGAUUUUAUUUUUUUUAUGACACGGAAAUUUUAUAUGUACUCAAAAAUGUUUCUACUCAUUUUUGCUUUUCAACUCUGUCAAGAAGAGACUACACCUCCUUGUUUGCAGUUUAUUUCCUGCUCCUGUUCUCCACCAAUUCACAAUUAAUUCCUAGCUAAUGAUUAAUUAAUCAUAGUGAUUAAUUGACAUGAAUUUAAAUUGAAUUAAUGACCAUUUAGUUAUCCUAUAAUAGUCAUAUAUCAGUUGGGUAUUCUGACACUAGAAUCAUGGAAAAAUGGUCCCCGAUUGACAAUAAGACUAGUCCAGGAUCGGAUGCAUUUUCCAUUCAUCAUUGAGGUUAAACAGCAGGAUAAUGGAAAUAGUGUUUUGUCUUAGUAUUUCCUUCUUCGCUUUUUAAAUAAGUGAGAGUUUCUACUUAACACCUUUAACUAUGCAGUUCAGUGACUAUUUAGGAACCAUCCGCUAUUGUUUUAAAUCAGAGAGAAAACUCCUGAGUGCCUUAAUUAGGAAUCUGUGACACUAAUUAACAUUUUCUUACCAUUUAAUACUUUGAUUUUUUAUAAACGCUAUAGAAAAACCCAGCAGAAGUCCCAAAAUAUUUGGGUGGGCAGAGAUGGGCAUGGCCACAGGAUGAGUGGGAGAUGGGAAACU